CAUCAGCUAAUUGAAUGUCUUCGAAACUCCUCCACAAAACGAAGGGCCCAGAUUGAUUCAAUAAACACACGUGUAUGUCAUCGGGAAACCCAACCGCGAGUUUUGCUCAAUAUGAGGUUCAUUCUAUCAUCGCCUUGAUGAGAAAAGAUCGAGUGCUCCUCACUCACCCUAUUCCUCUCUCUUUCGAAACCGUCCUUCACUCUCCGCCGUCGUAAACAUCUCCCCGUUAGGGUCCCGACCAUCUCGGAGGGUACGGAUCUUGAAACCUUCUCGAACCAUCUAUGCUAUCAAUUUUUUCACCAUUUUUCAAGGAGUUGUUUGUGAGGCACCUCUUUGGGAUUUUUCACUUGAAGUCAACAAUAAAUCUAUAGUGGAUUUUUCCGGAAAAUUUUUCACCUGCAAAAGUUGAAGCAAAUGUCUUUACAAAACAAGGGAUUCUGGAUGGUAAAAGGAUCUGGACAUGUUAGUGACAGGGAGCAAGUAUUUGAUAAUCCUUCCAAAAUUGAACCAAAACGGCCUCAUCAAUGGUUAGUUGAUGCCACUGAAUCGGAUUUUUUGCCAAACAAAAAGCAAGCAAUAGAAGAUGCAAAUGAAAAAUCUAGUUCAGGAUUUUCAAAUGUAAAUUUUACUCCAUGGGAGAACAAUCACAAUUUUCAAACAGUCCCAAACCAGUUUAUUGGUCGAUUAUUUGGGUCUGAAACUAGGCCUGUCAAUUUCACUGAAAAGGAUACAUAUGUUUCGCCUAAUGAUUCUAAUGUGAGAUCUAAGAUGAUCGCCAACCAUUAUGGAAGUGAUGCAUCUUUUGGCUUGUCUAUAUCUCAUUGUUCUGAAGAUUCUGAAGCAUGUAUGAACUUUGAGGGAAUCAAGAAAGUCAAAGUAAACCAGGUUAAGGAUUCUGAUGGUGUACAAGCUCCAGAGGGACAUAAUUUUGAUCUACAUCAAGCCUAUAAUGGUGAAGUUGAGACAAGAUCUGGAUCAAUAGGGCAAACCUUUGACAAGAAUGACAAUGCCACUUUAAUGGGACUCACUUAUGGCAGAGGGGAUGCUCAUAAUGCUCAUAUCGGAUCAUUUGGUACCCCUUUUGGUAAAGGAGAUAACACAGUCCUAUCAAUUGGUGAAUCCUAUAAUAAAGAUGCAAAUAUAAUUUCUUUUGGUGGGUUCCCAGAUGAUCGGGACAUUAUCUCUGUGGGCAGGGCUGCUGCAGAUUAUGAACAAUUAUAUAAUCAAUCAUCAGUUCAUGUGUCAACAGCUGCUCAUGAGAAUGAGUUGGAUGCAUCAAAUGCUGAUGCAGUUGCAUGUUCUCCUUCGGUGGCAACAAUAAAGUCUGAAUCUGUGUCCAAGAAUAAACAAGAUACCAAAACAAGGAAAGAAUCUCCAAACACCUUCCCUUCUAAUGUCAGGAGCUUGAUAUCUACUGGUAUGCUUGAUGGUGUUCCUGUGAAGUAUGUCUCAGUGGCGCGGGAGGAACUUCGUGGAAUUAUAAAAGGCUCUACCUAUCUUUGUGGGUGUCAGUCAUGUAACUAUUCUAAGGGUCUGAAUGCUUAUGAGUUUGAAAGACAUGCCGGUUGCAAAUCGAAACAUCCAAACAAUCAUAUUUAUUUUGAUAAUGGGAAGACCAUUUAUCAAAUAGUACAGGAAUUGAGGAGUACCCCUGAAAAUUUAUUGUUUGACACAAUCCAAACAAUAUUUGGUGCACCAAUUAACCAGAAAGCAUUUCGCAAUUGGAAAGAAUCAUUUCAAGCAGCAACACGUGAGCUGCAACGCAUUUAUGGAAAGGAACAACGAAAUCUCUAAACCCCCAUCCCCUUUGUGCAAACUUAACUUAGGUUAGCUUUUAGCGUGCACAGCAAGCAAGAUACACCAUUUUCCGCAUUUUUAUGUAUAUUUGUUUAGUUCAGUGACCUUUGGUGCAUUGGGUACCUCUGUGGUCUCGCUCAAAGAGCUUUAUACAUAGCUUUUAUGCAAAUCAUUGAGAUAAGGAGCUUUGACUGGCAGAAUUAUUAUUAUCUAGUGUCUCAAGAAUGCUAAUGUUCUUGGGUGUUUGAACAAGCAAGACUUUGUUAAUUUUGAGGCACUGGACUCGGAUUGUGAAGUGUCCUGUAACUUUUUUAUUCGUCUUCAAAUAAACAAGGAAAAUUCACUUGUAUGGUUUGAUGGAUUCAUGAGAGGAUGAUAAAUAAAUUUCCGUUUGCUUGUGCGUUUGUUCA